GGAACAGCACCUCAUCCUGUCUCUUGACCGAUCUUACUUCCUCACGUCGGCACCAUGGGAAAACGCGACACGCGGUAUGCGUUCAUGAACCCAAUCGCGAUGGCGCGCCUUCGCGGGCCGUCCGGCGCCAGUGGUCCGACCAUCAAGGACUACCUGAGCCGCAACCGGCCCACCUGGGAAGAGGUGAAGCAGAUCAUCGAGAAGAAGAAGCAAGGGUCCAGCACGCUGGCCGCCUGGGAAGAACAUUUGAACAGCAAGUUCGAGGAGGAACUGCGCAAAAACCGAGAGCGCAUCAUGGCGGAGCGUGCUGCCGCCUCGACAUCGGGCACGGCGACCGCCGAUGCCUCCUCGUCCAAAAGCAAGAAGCGACGCCGCAGGUCGUCUUCGUCGUCCUCUUCCUCCUCCUCAUCGUCUUCGACGACGUCGAGCAGCAGCUCGUCCCGGUCCUCUUCGCCGAGCGCGUCGGAAGGCGGUCGCCACCACUCCGAGCACCGCAAACGAAAGAAGCGGCGACACAAGCACAGGAGCAAAAAUCGCUCCAAGUCCUCCAGCAAGGAGCCGACGACGUCGGAGGCGCGUAGCACUGACCGGGACCACUCGAAGAAGAAGAAAAAGAAGUCCAAAAAGAAGCACAAACGGCACAAGAAGGAGAAAGCCGAGUGAUUAAAAUGUUGUGGUGCAAUGAUUUUUUCAGUGACGGGCUAAAAAAAAGACACGUGAGAGCGACUUGGUGACCGUCAAACAUCCCGAGCUUUUUUUGUUCGUUGUGCUGAAAAUGUGUCGGAAAAGACGGCUGCGGCAACAGCCUUUUGUGAUUCGAGUUGCUGGCAUAUCUGAUGCGCCAUAAGACGCAUAAGACCCACAGAUGCCACGACAGUGAGGACGAUGUGAUCGCAGAGUUAUCGUGAUUGCGUCGUGCGUCAGGUGCGCACGGAUGACAUGAAUCAUGCACGCACAGCUGUUCCUAUGCCGCGGUGAAUUGUAAAGAGACAACAACCGUCUCUAGGUGCUCAUUAGACGGGUGUUUUCAAAAGUUCGAGCGGGCCCCGCAGUUCGUGAACGCGCUCGCCUCCUGAAUCAACAACGUCAAGCGGUGCCGUAAUUACCGACUGGCGCGCGAAGUACGUCAACCCUGAAAAGUUGCGCGCAGUGGCGGUGAACCGGAACAGAGAACCCGUUGAGGCGUCGAAAAUUAUUUCGUUAGCCGGUGUCAGGGAGUUGUUGCUACCCGGCUUUAAACACGCACAACCGUGCUCAGUUUUGCCUGUCCACCUGGUUCACGAGUAAAACAUGAGCUGGCCUGAAGAUUAUGAUUUUCCUUCCAGAAACAUUACAUUCUAUAUCUUUUUGUCGACUGUCUAGACGGAAAGCAACUUGAGACUACUUAUUAAGGUGGCUGACUGGGCUAGUUGGUUAUUCAUACUGAUAAUGCACAGCGCGAGAAGAAACACGGGGACGAAUAGCAGACACAGACAAGUGCUGUCUCUCAGCUGAUUAUUUUAUUGACAGACAUGCUUCAUAUAUACAUGUCCAGGAACAGAUGCAAAGAAAAAUAUUUCCACCGACAAGGAAACGAAAAACAGAAACCGAAAGAACGCCAAGAGAAAAACUAACAAUUGCGCUUUCAAGCAGUGCUUGUCUGUGUCUGCUAUUCGUCCCGUGUUUCUUCUCAUGCUGUAUAUUAUCCAAUUGAGGCUACUGCGGGUUUCUGAUUUCUUCUUAUUCAUGGGCGUUGUUGUCUUGUUGCCUUGUAUGUACAGUCUGUUUCACACUUAGGGGAAAUCUCGGAGCGCAUUGCUUCGCGAUGCAGCGAGCGCUGGAGUCGGGUGCCGGAAGCAGCGCGCGCAGGCGCAGACGCUCGAGGCACGUUAUCUUGAACUGCGUCAACUGCUCGCCGCCAACCGCGUCGACAGCUCGACGCCAGAUAACGCGCCUCGAGCGUCUGCGCCUGCGCGAGCUGCUUCCGGCACCUAACUCCAGCGCUCGCCGCAUCGCGAUGCAAUGCGCUCCGAGAUUUCCCCUAAGUGUGAAACAGACUGUACAGGCUUUUUCUAAUAUGGGUCACACAGUGCACUUUUGAUCGCGAUCAAGCCUAAUCCAGAUUGAAUUUCUUGGUUGUGAUUGGCUCCUUUGCGCGAGGGAGCCAAUCGCAGUCGAGCAUUGCGAUGCGAAUCGGGCUUGAUCGCUAUCAAAAGUGGUCGUGUGACACCGGUAUAAAGUACAGUUUCACCCUCUGUUCAACGGACCCUGCAAUACAUCCAAGAAUGCUUGCUGGGCAUUACCAAUAGCAUCAUCACAGUUCAGCGAUUUCGAGCAACGUAUGCGAUGUCGAUCUCGGGCACUACGAUCAUUGGUUGAAAAUGUAAUGCGCGACUUGCAUUCGCACAAUAUUGCGAGUACUGCAUAAAAAUGUACAUUUCGUUCUGCAGCCAUUUCCAUUGUCAUCUAAUUUAACAACAGCCACAUGGAAGUUAGUUGUAACCAUGGAAAUAUUGUCAUCAACAUGCCAAGCUGAUGGUUGAUGACAUCUAAUGGCAACCUGUUUGAAACGGGGCCUGCUUGAGCUAGUCAAGUUUUACAUCUAUUGCAGUUUAGCUUUUUAUCUUUAUAUUCUUAUCCUUCGUUAAAGCAGCUUGCUAUAUGUAAAGGUGCCCAUGUGUGUAACAGCCCCAGCUCUAUACCUUCCUUGCUUUCAUUCCCCCCCCCCAAUGCUUGCUUAUACUUGUUUAUCUCAACUGCUGACCAGUGAACUUUCCCAACAGUCCUGGCUGGGUGAAUAUCUUGGCAUUCCUUCACCAUGUGCUGAGCUCAUGGCAUGCCAACUUCUGCCUUGUGGAGGCUGUUGUAACCAUAGAAAUUAUUCCAUCGAAAAGCUGAGCAGGCUUGGCGACCAUUGCACGCCAACUUGACUACGUAACAUCGGUGCCCUGCUGCUUUUGGGUGGCACAGUUUUAUGUCGUGGGAAACUGAUAUCACGUGAAGAGCCGUGAAAAUUCCAGUCAAGAAAACUCAUUUUGCUUGCAUUUCGAAGUUCUUGCGACUGAUAACUUUGGCUUGUGUUCAUUCUUAUAAUUCUUUUUGCUCGGACUUCUUUGCCACACUCAGAAUAGAUCUUAUUCUUAAAUAGAAAAAAAUUGGCAGGUGUUGCAGGGUCCCUUUAAAAUUAGCCCACAAGCGCUUUGCUUAUUCAUUGGAGGCAACCCAACUGCAAUUACAGCUGGAAGUAGUGUGAACGCAGGUUGCAAGUGGACAAAGAAAAAUCAGUUUUGUUGUAAAACUGGGUGUUUCCAGGGGGGGGGGGGGGGUUGUAUUCUGUAAGCGUCCAAUUAUGUCCAUUUCGUCUGCUGCUGAAGUGCUUAUUGGCUGGGGGGCGCCUCUCCUUCUUACGCAUACCCCAGCCCAGCCAAUCAGAACAUCAGCAGCAGGCGAAAUGGAUAUGUCCACUAGGUGGACACUUACAGAAUACCCCCUCAGGCUAGUCACAAAAGGAAAUUUUCUUAUCCUAUGUGUUUAUGUGUUCACCUUAAGAGUGCUUCCAGUAGGGUACAGAAUCAUUGGUGUGUUGUGUCAGAAUAUUCACUGCUUGAAGUAUGAUAAACUCCAAAAGCUUUUGGAGCAUGGGAUCUCGGAAAGGACAUGAAAUUUCCUUGCAGUUUAUGGCUGUAGCCAGUGAAAGCCAUACAACACUAUAUUUUUCUCCAACUCCACAAUCUGUUAACUUUCACAGUUGACUGUAUGUCACUUUAGGCAAGCUUAUGUCUUCUCACCCGGUGCUUUGCCAACAUUGUGAGCAUGACAGUGCCAGAGGAAGCCAUUUUCAAAAAGGGACCAUACCUAUCUCUCUCGUUCUCCCUGCUUUUCAUGCCAGUUUUCAUGUUGCGGUAACUCAAUAAACACUAGGCCUUGCAGUUGCCUUUAACCUGUGUGAGAACACCUUCGAAUGCGAUGGUGUCAGUUCGCAACGCAAUUGUGAGAAUGGAGCCUUGUCGGUGUUAACUGCUUUUGGUUUGAUUUAUUUGGAUGCAAUUGGAAAUGUAGGUUUUGCAUAGCUUACGCUAGCUUGAGCAGUAACCAGGGUGCGUUCAGCCAGAGCGUGAAAUAAAUGUUUAUUCGGGGUUUGUGUUGGGUUUGUUGCAGAACACAACAGUAACUGUUGUAUAACACGAGGUUAUAGGAGAAAUGUUCUGGCGAUAAAGCGCUUUGCAAGCAUGGAGAGAAAUAUAUUGUUACAAGCGCUUAAAAACGCAGCAACAAGAUGUCACAUUCUGCAGUUUCGGCACUCGUAUACUAGUCAAGCAACCAAGUCAUUCCAAUAACGCAACACAAAUAUGACAAAAAAACAGAAGGA